AUGCUGGCUGUCCUCGGGAGCACAGCCAGCAGCGCCAAUUCGACCCGGUCGAAUCAUACAGUAGAAAUCUUGGAUUAUGACUAUAUUGUUAUUGGAGGAGGCACCGCCGGCCUAGUGAUGGCAUCGCGGCUUUCCGGGCUUGCUCGGGUUGCCGUCAUCGAGGCCGGGGGUCUGUAUGAGGUGGAUAAUGGAAAUUACAGCAUCGUCCCCGGCCUUGCUCAGUCGACGCCUUUCUUGGCCACCACAGAGAGCUAUCCUGCAGACCCUAAAAUGGACUGGGGUUACUUGAGUGUGCCGCAAACCGAUGCCGCCGGCCGCAUCAUCCACUAUCCCCAGGGCAAGACGCUCGGUGGUUCUUCGGCGCUCAACACCAUGGCAUACCACCGGGGGACCAAAGGUUCGUAUCAGAGAUGGGCCGAUCUGGUAGAUGACCAAAGCUUCACCUUCUCCAACCUUUUGCAUUACUUUCAAAAAUCAACCCAUUUCACGCCACCAGACCAGGAAAAACGCGACAUGCCCAACGCAACGGUGAAAUACGACGCGAAUGCGUUUAACAACUCUCUUGGAGGACCCCUUCAGAUCUCAUAUGCCAACUACGUCGACACUACCGCAACAUGGAUGGCAGUAGCUUUGCAGUCGCUCGGUCUGGCCGAGAGCUCCUUGGGAUUCAACAGCGGCAUAUUGUCCGGCUUUGGGGCCUGGGUGACCAUGACUAUUGAUCCCACACACGCGACUCGAUCUAGUUCACAAACCAGCUACCUGAACCAUGCCGAGAAGCCGCACAAUCUCGAUGUUUAUGCGCACACCAAUGCGACAAGAAUCAUUGUGGACCCGUUUGUAAACACAGCUCGCGCUGUUGAAUUCGUUAGGCCAAACGGUCAAGUUGGGAUUAUGAUAGCCAACAAAGAGGUCAUUCUCUCGGCGGGGCCGUUUGGUUCUCCCCAUCUGCUCAUGCUUUCCGGUAUUGGACCCGCUGCCGCUCUAAAGGAACAUGGCAUCCAUGUCGUAUCAGACCUCCCUGGUGUCGGCCAGAACUUGUGGGACCAGAUUCUUUUCCCUGUUGAAACCGCGGUCAAUACCCCCAGUGGUGCGCAAUUGGAGGAAAAUCCCGAAACCAACGCGGCUGCCCUCUUGGAAUAUUAUAGGAAUGCUGCUGGACCCUACAGUUCGCCUGGUGCCUACAUAGCAUUUGAGAAGAUCCCGGAGCAGCUUCGUUCCAAUUUUUCUUUUGAAGCUCAAUCCGCGCUCGACUGGUUUCCUUCGGACUGGCCCGAAGUCGAAUACGUAGGAGGCAGCACCGUAGACACUAAUGGGAUAAGCCAAGGUGUUUGCACAGCUCUUCUGGUUGCUCCGGUAUCUCGAGGAAAUGUGACGCUUGCAAGUUCGAAUUUCCUGGUGCAGCCUACCAUUAAUAUGGGUUGGUUGUCUCAUACGGCUGACCGUGAAGUGGCUAUUGCAGCCAUUAAACGCUGCCGAGAAGCACUUGCGUCCCCAGAUGUUGCGUCCGUUGUCACAGGCCCAGAGGCUGUCCCAGGAUCUUCGGUACAGACAGACGAGGAGAUUCUGGCCUACGUUCAGACUGCAGCAACUCCCAUCUUUCAUGCUGUAGGUACUUGCGCCAUGGGUAAAAGAGGAGACGCAAACGCUGUUGUUGACGUCCAUGGCCGGGUCUUUGGCGUUGGGCAUUUACGCGUGGUUGAUUCAUCCGUUUUUCCAAUCUCCCUACCAGGUCAUCCACAGUCAUCCGUUUACAUGCUUGCUGAAAAGAUUGCAGAUGACAUCAAGAAUGGAAAGUAA